AUGGCCGCACUCGGCCGGCCUUUUUGCGGGCUGCCCCUGAGCGGCAGCUCGGACUUCCUGCAGCCGCCGCCGCCGCCGCCGGUCUUCCCCGGACGGGCCUUCCCGCCGGAGGCUGACGGUGCCGAGUUAUCCCCGCGGCCGGGGCUCCGCGCCGCCCCAAGCAAUCCCGGCGGGAGCGCGGCGCGAGGACGUGUUUCAGUUCAUUGUAAAAAGAAACACAAGCGAGAGGAGGAGGAUGACGAUUGUCCAGUGAGAAAGAAGAGGCUGACUGAAGCAGGCCUCUGUCCUGGUCCAAAUGACUGGAUUCUGUGUGCACAUCAAGAAGUAGAAGGUCAUGGAGUAAAUCUGUGCACUAGUGGCCUUUCUGUGUCUGGCAUGUUAGAUGUGACCUGCGAAGACAUGGAUCAGACAACCACAGAACCACAGUGUGAAAUUGCCCGAAGGCGGCUUCAGGAAAUUGAGGACAGGAUAAUUGAUGAAGAUGAAGAGGUUGAAGCCGACAGAAAUGUUAACCAUCUCCCUAGCCUUGUCCUUUCUGAUACUAUGAAAACAGGUUUGAAGAGAGAGUUUGAUGAAGUCUUUACCAAGAAAAUGAUUGAAUCCAUGAGCCGUCCUUCCAUGGAGCUUGUUCUCUGGAAACCUCUCCCUGAACUCCUUUGUGAUAAGCCAAAGCCAUCUGCUAAUGCUAAGAACUACACAGGAGCAAGCCAGGCUAAGCAUGCAGCUGUUGGCCCUGCCUUCGCACAGAGGACUGAACUGUUCUUGGAACCACAGCAAACAGGGGUGCCUCUUUAUAAUAGUCUGGAGACGGCUGCUUGCACAGAAGAAGAGAUGGAACUCUAG